CCUACAGGUGGCGAAGCAGAACAAAGAUUGGUUACCAUUCGGAGGAAGUCGAGUAACUAUUGAUCAUUGUUAGUUACUCCUGUUUUCUCAAACAAGACGUAGAAGGUCGUUAAAACAAUCCCAAUCCGUGCACGUACACAUGAAAGAUUCGUGUCACGUGAUCAGACGGGAAAAAAUAAAAGUAGCAGAUUGUGUCAGUUUUUUCCGACUUUUUCCUUGAAGGUAUUUCAGACAAACCGCGUAUCAUGAGGAUCAGGGAGACGGGAAAAAGAAGGGAUGAAGUCCGGGCGUACGAUAUUCCAGGAGACCUUUCCCCUGGCAAGCAGAUCAUCCUGAAGGGGCGUGUCUCUUGGGGGACGAAAUCGUUUUCAAUCAAUCUUUCUGAAACAUCGAAAAUGGGGGAUGGAGACAUAGUAUUCCACUUUAAUCCACGACCAUCUGAAAGAGUAUGCGCGCGCAAUGCAUUGGUCGGCGGAGUAUGGGGCGCCGAAGAGAGGUGGCAGCCAUAUUUUCCCUUUGAUGACGGGAGAUCCUUUAGUAUGAAGAUAGAAGUCACCAAAGAAAUGUUUAAAACUUACGUCAAUGGAAGACAUUUUGUGGACUUUUCUCAUCGAAUAGACUUUCGGAAAGGCAAAUACCUCAUUCUAGGAGACGGAACUGAGUAUUAUGACGUCAUUUUCCAAGACAAACCCAUCAUUCCAUAUAAAACAAGAAUACACAACGGAAUGAAAAUUGGGAAGACCAUAAAGAUACGUGGCAUGUGCACGGAUGAUGACGGAUUUACGAUAAAUUUUAUGGAUAGAGACGACUGCAUCUACUUUCACUUCAAUGCUCGUCCCCGAGAGGCCUGUGUGGUUAGAAACUCAUAUAUAGGAAGCUGGGGUAGAGAGGAGAGGGAAUGCCCCCCAGGGUUACCAUUUUACCCCUCUCAGUACUUUGACACCUCUUUCGUCUGCAUGGAGGACAAGUUUGCGGUGUUUGUAAACAAUGAACACUACAUAGAUUUCUUUCAUCGAGGGGACCCAACCAGGAUUUCCAUUCUUAACAUUGUUGGUAGUGUGAACAUCUUGGAUGUGGAUUGCCUAGAGCCCGUGGGAAUAGACUCCGUGACGGAGGUUGAAUCUGGUCUAGAGAAGGGGGACAUCUACAUGUUGAAGGGCAUGAUGAAAGAUGAAGGAAAUACGUUUUCAAUCAACUUCUUGAAUGGGUUUGCUAUGUCCGAUGACAUUUCCUUCCAUUUCAAUCCUCGGAGAAAUACACGUGAGGUUAUCUUGAACAGCCGGUUUGGAGGGGCGUGGCAGGAAGAGGAGAAGGUGUCUUUACCCCCCAUUUUCUGGACAAACAGACCAUUUGAAGUUAAAAUUGAGACGAAGAGAAACAAAUUUUCGAUUUUUGUCAAUGGCGUGAAGAUUAGCAACUACAGAAUGCGGGGGAGUGUGGAUAACAUACAGUCAAUCCGGGUCUCUGGAGAGGUCUUCAUCUUGGAAACACUUCUGAUGAAGAGACUGGAGAAGCCUAUUUGGGAGCGUUUACAGGGUGGAGUCCAACCGGGAACCUGGGUCAUUCUCCAGGGCACACCAAAAAAGAAUUGGCAAAGGUUUGCCAUUAAUUUUGCCUGUGACGACAGAGAAGAUGGGGAUAUUGAGUUUCACUUCAACCCUCGAAAUAACGACAGAAUGGUGGUCAGAAAUCAUCGAGAAUUCAACAGAUGGGGACGGGAAGAGACGGAAAUUCCAAACUUCCCUUUCGAAACCGGAAACACAUUCGAAAUUGUGUUUUUUGUCAGACGAGAGAAAUUUGUGACGUACGUUAACGGUCAGUACUUCAUUGAUUUUAAUCAUCGCCUUCCGUUGGAAAGAAUCAGCCAUCUUACCAUGGAGGGAGACUGCAACUUCUACGAUCCGGAAGUAGUGGUUUAAAUGUCAGUUAGCAAAAAGAACACGAAUAAUGAAAUAACAAUGGAUUAUAUAAGGGGCAUAAAUAUCCUUUUGUUUAUUCAUGUUAGAAUACAUCGCAAAGUGCAAUAUUGAUAAUAAGUAAAAGUCUGCAAUUAAUGCCUACUUAGUUCUUCAAAUCCUGUAAUUUGAUAACAUGUAUGAAUGAUUGAGCGUCCUCUUCAUUAGAUAACAUAUGUACUUUAAAUCAAUAUAUCCAGUCCACAUCAUUGUAUCUACUUGUAGUCCCAUAUAUAUUCCUUUUAUUUUUUCAAAGGUAAGAAAUAUUUUGUAAGAAGUAUUAUUUCCAGUAUAAAUAAAUGAAAAAUACUGGAAUUGCUUCUUGUUUUUCACUUAACGUAUUGCUUAUUCCUACUUUUAAAUUGCUUUUGAAUAUCUUAUGGGUUUCCAUUAAACUUUUGAUUAUUUCUA